CUACUUUGCAAAAGCCAUGAUCAUGAUCUACAUGUGGUUUCAGUUGUGAUAGUAUAUGAUACUAUAUGUGUGUGUAUAUAUGAUUUACAUCACUCUUCUCACUAUCAUUGGCUUUAAUGCAAACCCACCACCUCCUAUGAUCAUGUCAUGGUAUUUAUGAUCACAUGUAGGGAUCGAGUAGUGAAGAGCCAUAGAGAGAUAUAGAUAGAAGGGGAGAGAGAGAGAGAGAGAGAGAGAGAGGGCAUAGGAUUGAUUCAGGAGGUGAGGUUUAGAUGGCGAGGGAGGCGGCGUCGGCCGCCUACUUGGUGUGGGAAGAUCUCACUGCGGUGCUGCCCAACUACGGCGGCGGUGGCGGUGGCGGCAGACGGCCGCCGAGGAAGCUGAUUCAAGGGCUCACCGGCUACGCCUUGCCCGGCCGGAUCUUGGCCAUCAUGGGGCCCUCCGGCUCCGGCAAGUCCACCCUCCUCGACUCCCUUGCUGGGAGGCUUGGAACCAAUGUUGUGUUGAGUGGGAGGGUGCUCCUCAAUGGAAGAAAAAGGAGGUUGGAUUAUGGGGUUGUGGCAUAUGUAACACAAGAAAAUGUGCUGCUCGGGACGCUGACGGUGCGCGAAACCAUCACCUACUCGGCACUUCUGAGGCUGCCGUCCAGCAUGAGCAAGGAAGAAGUGCGUCGCGCGGUAGAGGGGACAAUAGAGGAGCUGGGCCUGGAAGACUGCGCCGACCGUCCCAUCGGCAAUUGGCACCUGCGGGGGAUCAGCGGCGGCGAGAAGAAGCGGCUCAGCAUCGCGCUGGAGAUUCUGACGCGGCCCCGACUGCUCUUCUUGGACGAGCCCACCAGCGGCCUCGACAGCGCGUCGGCCUUCUUCGUCAUCCAGACGCUAAAGCAGAUGGCGCUUGACGGCAACAAGACCGUUAUCUCCUCCGUCCACCAGCCCAGCAGCGAAGUCUUUGCGCUCUUCGACGACUUGUUCCUCUUGUCCGGCGGAGAGACUGUCUAUUUCGGAGAAGCCAAGCAGGCAACCAAGUUCUUUGCGGAAGCUGGAUUCCCCUGCCCUAGCAGAAGGAACCCGUCUGACCAUUUCCUUCGCUGCAUCAACACUGACUUCGACCUCGUGACUGCGACCCUGAAAGGAUCGUUGAAACUGCGUGCAGAGGCAGAAUCUCUUUCAGACCCUCUGUCGAAGUUCAGAACCUCAGACAUUAAGGCGAUGCUCAUAGAGAAGUACAAGAGUUCAGACUAUGCGAUGUUAGCUCGGAAACGGCUUCAAGAGAUAUCUAAGACAGAAGGGCUUACUGCAGAGUCAGAUAAAGGAAGCCAAGCAAGUUGGUUUAAACAGCUGAGGACACUAACAAGGAGAUCAUUUGUGAACAUGUCGAGAGACUACGGUUACUACUGGCUAAGGAUGAUCAUAUACAUAAUGCUCGCGGUGUCCGUCGGGAGCAUCUAUUACGACGUGGGGACGAGCUACACGGCCAUAUUGGCUAGAGCAUCUUGCGGAGGCUUCGUGUCCGGGUUCAUGACCUUCAUGUCUAUAGGAGGCUUCCCGUCCUUCAUCGAAGAGAUGAAAGUGUUCACCCGCGAGAGGCAGAACGGGCAUUACGGUGUUGCAGUGUACAUAUUAUCCAAUUUCCUAUCCUCACUCCCUUUCUUGCUCACAGUGUCGAUUUUAACUGGAUCUAUAGCUUACCCCAUGGUGAAGUUUCGCCCCGGUUUCGAACACUAUGCCUACUUUACAUUAAGCCUCUAUGGCGGAAUCUCGGUGGUAGAGAGCCUCAUGAUGAUCAUCGCGUCGCUCGUGCCCAAUUUCCUGAUGGGAAUAAUCACAGGAGCAGGUGUCAUUGGAAUUAUGAUGAUGACGGCCGGGUUCUUCCGCUUGCUUCCGGAUCUUCCUAAGCCGUUCUGGCGCUACCCUGUUUCGUAUAUCACAUACAUGUCUUGGGCAUUGCAGGGAAGCUACAAGAACGACUUGAUCGGGCUCGAGUUCGAUCCCCUGCUGCCCGGCAGUCCAAAAUUGACUGGAAAAUACAUAAUCGAGCGGAUUUACGGAAUAAAGAUCGACCAUUCGAAGUGGCUGGAUCUGGCAAUUGUGUUCCUCAUACUGUUUUGCUACAGGAUUGCAUUCUUUCUGGUCCUGAAGUUCAGAGAGAGAGCCUCCCCGCUCUUCCGAACAAUCUACGCUGCGGCGACGGUGAAACAUCUUAUGAAGAAGCCAUCAUUCCGGAGGAAGAUGUCUUCGCUGUCGAAAAGACAUCAGCCUCAGAAUUCACUGGCUGUCCAGGAAGGUCUCACCUCUCCACUGCCAUGAUACCAACAUCUGUCGGCGCUGCGCCGAGGAGACAGAGACAUAAACAGAGACAGAAGAUUUUACAUGUUACAUUUAUGCUGAACAUAUUUUAUGAGAAAGUUUUAAGUGUUACAUACUUACAUUUGGUGUGUAAUUACCAUUGCAAUUACAUUUGUUGGUUUGUUUUGUACAAUUAAAGGAGAAUAGCAACAUGAAUUCAGGUGUCUUUUUUUUUUU